UACGACUAGUAACUGUCCCACCAGCAGCCGAUUCGUUGUACUAGAUCGCCAGCUUGGAAGGUAGAUCUAGAUCUAGACUUAGUCUAGUGGCAGACUAGCCGUGUAGAAAAGGUUGUCAUGUAGUAUUUUGCUUUUCUUCAAAGACCUAGACUCUAUUAAGUGUACAAUCAAUAUUUCGAUUCAAAAUGGUUCGGUUAAUGCCAACAUUUGCUACGAGGUUCUAUGAAUUUCUUAUACGGAGUGCGGAUCCUAAGAUUCCUCCUAAACUUAGACCACUUUGGGUGCAUCCCGCUGGCCCAAAGACAAUAUUUUUUUGGUCACCGUUCGCCAAAUGGCUUCUUGUAAUAGCCGGCAUAGGAGAUAUAUCCAGGCCAGCUGAAAAACUUAGUCUCAGACAGAGUUCAGCCUUAUGCCUCACAGGUUUCAUCUGGUCUAGGUACUCCUUGGUUAUUAUACCCAAGAACUGGAGUUUAUUUGCAGUCAACUUUUUCACAGGCCUGACCGGCACAAUGCAGCUUAGCCGAAUAGCUCACUUCAAUUAUGUAACCAAGCCACAAAGAGACACCGAAGCAUCAGAAAGAUUGCACAAGAAAUACUUGGCAGCACAAGAGAACCUACCCCUGUAAUAAAUCUAGAUUUGGUUGUUACUAUGUAAUAUUUAUGCAGUGAGCACAUUGGUCAGGGGGUUCUGGUUUUUUUUGUUUGUUUGUUACAUUUAAAGUUGGGAGUAGGGCUAAAAAUAAGAGCAGAACUAGUUGCCUCAAGGCAGGUAAAUAUUAAAAUGUGUGCAGUUGAAGGACUAGUUAAUAUCUAAACAUCUUGUUGUCACCGACCUGUAAAGGACGAAGAGUCAUAAAAGUGAUUUUAUGGUUGUUUUAUAGACUCAUUUUAAAAUGAAAUCUUGUAAUAUUAUUUCAUGCAAGUGAAAUAGUUUUUAUAUGCUUCAUGUAUAUUGAACAAUGGAGCUUGUGUUGUGCUAAUCUAUAUAGCCUCUAGUACCACAACAGUAUCGAUUGUACAAAACAUGGUUGAACUUAUCACAAUGUUGAGUGCCAUUAUAGACUUAUUUAUUCAGAUGAAUUUUUGUGUGAUAGUUGUAUAGAGAAUUAUUAAGAAUUAACGAAUUAGUACCAGUCUAGAUUUGAUUGAAUUCGAUUAAAAAAAAUUACACAACUUUGAGCGUAUAUUCAUAUUUAUUUCAUUUUUAAUUGUUUUUCUAAUAAAUACAUUUUAAAAAGAUA